CAAAAAAUGAAAGGAAUGUUGUUUUCUUCAUAUACUGCGCAUAAGUGACAUUCAAAAGAUUGAAGGCAUUGAAGACCAAACGAGCAGAAUCAGGGGCCAUGGAUGAACUAGAAGAUGAUGAGGUGGUUUUCAGUAACACGGCUCUGUAUGAGCAUCUUGUAUCCAGUGGGUUCAGUGACUUUGAGUCAGCCUCCUGCCUGCAGCAGGCUGUCAUUCAAUCAACCGAGGUGUCUGUGCAGACACAACAGAAGGUGGCCGGUGUGAGGGAGCAGCUGACCGCCGUGGCCGACUGGCUCGGUGUGCGGCCCGGCCCGCGGCUGGUGCCCGCCGCACUCUCCGCCCUGCUGGACAGCGGUCUGAUGGCCGAUCGGGACCGAGCCAUGGCCGCCGACCUGUGCUCCGACCAGAGCCGCCAGCCGGGCACCGCCACCAUGACAGACUCGUUUCUGCUGUCUGUCUUCCUGGCCGUUCUGGCGGUCGACGUCUGGCUGCCGGCCUGGUGGCUCCCCCUGGCGGCGGCGCUGCUGCUCUGUGUAGGUGGCGCUGCGGUCGCCCGGCUCCGGGUGGCGGACGGCCAGCGCCGAGUCGACGAGUUCUGUCGCGCGGCCGGCGAGCUGAAACGGGCCGGCCUGCGCUGCUGCCGGCUGCUGCAGGAGUCGCACCUGAUGGCGCGCGGCGUGACACUGUCCAGCGGCGACGCCGGCGCAGAGGCGGCGUUCGCGGCGCAGUACGGCGACCUGGUGCAGGCGGCCGGCGCGUGCCUGCACGCCGCCUGCGCCGCCUACGGCCGGGCUACCCGCCGCCUGCGCCUGCAGCAGCCGCUGCUGGACGGAGUCGACCCGGACCGGCACUACAUCGCCUGUGACCAGUCGGCCCUGGCAGGCUUCGACGAGACGAGCUUCACCGUCAAAGAUGUCAAGAGCCUGCACCAGCUGCUCGCCGAGAGUCAGUCUGAGUUUGUGCGCCGCUGCUGCCUGGGUCUGAGCGGCGAGCUGCUGCCGCCGGACGCCGACCGGCCGGCGCCGGUGCCACUGACGCUGCUGGACGAGCUGACCGCCUGCCUGGCCGAGCUGCAGCGCCGCCUGAGCGCCGCAUACCGCGCGCACGCGGCGCUGUGGGCCGCCGAGCCGGAGCCGGCGCCGUCCGCCGCCCGGCCGGCCGCCGGCCCCCAGCGGCUCUACGUGGGCGUCCACAGCAUCUGUCUGCAGGCUCAGGUGGUGGCGCUGCGGGCCCGCGCCCUCGAGGAGGCACUCUCCGAGGCGCAGGACGACGACGAGCAGAGUGCUGAGCCGCGAGCCGAGCUGUACGCCAGACUGCGCCGCGAGCUGACGGAGAUCCAGCGCCGAUUGGACUCGGGCCAGCUGUUCUGUGAACAGACGCUGUUGCAGCUGAGCCGACUGGAGGUCGGGGAUUCCGAGCAGCCGGCGCCGGCCGACGCCCCGCCGACCGUCCCGGCGCCCGCCGCCGCACCGGUGCCGCUGCUCAGUGACCUGCCCGAGCCUGAGCUGGUGGAUCAGUUCUUUGAGGCCGUGGUGGAGGGCGGCCCGCGGGAGGGUGCGGACAGCGAGGACGUGCUGCUGUCCCGCGAGGAGCGGCUGAGGCGCCGGCUGGAACGUGACAGGGCCCGCGAGCUGCUCAGCGAACUGAACGUGGCGCUCACCGGCAAACGGCAGGAGUGGCGCGUCCGCGAGGCACUGGCAAAGGGCGAGCCGGUGCCCCCACCCCCGCCUCCACCAGCUACAGGACAGCCCUCCGCGACGGCACCAGAGGGGGACCCGUAUAAAGUGGACCCGACCGACCUGUACGACUUCAGCGGCUCGGAGGAAGAAGGGGACGCGGUGGAGCCGUGGCAGCGGCCGGGAAAGGUCGGAAGUCGCGCGCCGCCACCGGACGUUCCCGACGGGUACCGCGUGGACCGCCGUGACCUGUACAGGUUCAGCGACUCGGACGGUGAGGCCGAGCCGGGCACGGCGCUGGUGCUGCCGCCUGCCGGUGACCUGACGCACCUGCUGCCCGUGCAGCGGCGCGCCCGGCCGCCGUCCCGCCGGCCGCCCUCUCGGCCCGGCUCCAUGGCCAGCACUCCGCGCGGGGAGCCCGGCGCCCCGGCCAACCAGACGGGCGACUCGGCCGGCUCCGAGGGCUUCUCGCCGCUCCGGGCCGACUCGGACGCCUCGGCGUCGGAUCCCAGCGGCGCUGGCUCUCCGGCGGCGAGUGCGGAGGUCGCCGCCGCCCCUCCGCCGGCCGGCUCUGCCCGGUACCGGGCGGCGGCGCUCGGCCUGCCGCCUCGCCAGGGCUUCCCGGCCGACAUGGCUGCGCAGGCGGCCGCGCUGGCGCUGCGCCGCCGCCAGCAGCGCCCCGACGAGGAGACCUUCGGGGAUCCCGACUCGGACGGUGACGACUGAGAAACCCGUCCUGAGCUCUGGCCCACGUCGUGCUACAGCGUGAGCGAGCCGGCGUAUUGUGGCCGUGGGAACGGCCGGUGAGUCAGGGCUCGGUGCCAGUCCGCCGCGCAGAGAGGAAGGUGCUGUUCAGGAGAGUGUAAUGCUCAGCACGGUCCUUCUGUGGCCAGGUCCCCAGUUGGGGCCGAUGCCAUCAUAGUAUUCGUGGUUCGCCUAACUGCUGUGAAGUUAUCAGUGCUUUCGUGUCUGCUCGGAGUGUUGGCUGUUUGGAACGCCGGUAUGCGGCCGAAGACGGUCGGCUGCCGACGUUCUGCCGUUUGACGGUUUGCCUAGCUUCCGCUUAUAACGGGUGAUAAUAGUUCGUACGUUCUGUAUCUCAGCUUAUUACCGUAAGAUCAAAAUACUCAGAGUGAGCGUGCUUAUUGUUGUUCAGAUAGAUAUGCCUUGUUAACGACGUUGAUUACGAGCGAGCGAGCGCAGCGAGCGAAGUGAGUCUUUUCAAUAUAACGGAAAAAUCUCAGUAUGGGCGGCCCGGCCCGGCCCGGCCCGGCCCGGCCCGGCCCGGCCCGGCCUGUAACGCUUUUGAGAGGCUUAUAUCUCAGCAACCGCUGGACCGAUUGGCCUGCGGUCUUUUUUGUUGGGUAGCCCUAUCCCUUCUACCCCGUAAUUGACUACUUUUGAUGCAUCUCAGUGACCGUCGUGGCACGUGCCACGUGAAAAGUCAAGGGUGUUCAAGCUGUUUUGCAAAAGUAGUGAUUUUGAGAGGCUCAUAUCUCAGCAGCCGCUUGGGCGAUUGACUUGCGGUAAUCUUUAUAGGGUAGCAGCAUCCCUUCUACCCAAAAUAGGAUACUCUCGAUGCAUGUGGGUCACCCCCACUGCACGUGCAAAAUACAACAAUAAGAGGGGCCAAAUUUGUUCCCAUUUCAGUAACUCGGUAAUUACUGGGGCGAUUUCGCUGAAACUUGGCAUACAGAUAGGCACCCACCAGGCAAUGCAUUCCCAUGUGUUGCGGUUAGGGUGCUACUGCACGUGCGCACGUGCAAGGGGCGUUUCCAGAUCUCGAGAACGGCUGGGCCGACUGCGCUCAAAUUUGGUACACGGUUGGGGACCAGUUAGUAGGGUGCCAAGCAAAAGUCAUUUUGGACCCCGUUUGCACGUGCGCACGUGCAGAAUGCCGCUUCCAGAUCUCAGGAACGGCUGGGCCGAUUGCGUUCAAAUUUGGCACACCGCUAGCGACCAGUUAGAAGAGUGCUUUGCGCAAGCCCGUUGGAAGCACCCUCUCGCCCUUCCGCACGUGCAGGGCUCACUAUCUCGCUCGCUCGUUCUUCGCCCAAAAGGCGUUUUACUGGUAAUCUAUUUUCAUAGCAUUCAGUUGAAUUGCGAAACAUUUGAAAUGAUCAAAUUGUUGUGCGUUGUGAUGACAGACAAUAUGGCUGAUGUUUUCAUCCGCAUCGUUGGUGUCGCUAUCACUGGAUGUGCCUUACGAUUUAAAUUGUUCAGACUACGACACAGUUAUAUUACGAAGAUGCAUGCGAUGUAGUGCGAAGACUGUGAACUCGGAUUGUUCUUGUUGGUCGUAUAUGCCUACUGUUUGUAUUUACUGACAGUAUUAGUACAAGUUAAAAUAAAUGAGCGAGAUUUAAACCAA